AUGCCUACCCGUUUCUCGAAGACAAGGAAAUCCCGCGGUCAUGUGUCCGCCGGUUACGGUCGUAUCGGCAAGCACCGUAAGCACCCCGGUGGUCGUGGUAUGGCCGGUGGUCAGCACCACCACCGUACCAACCUCGACAAGUACCACCCCGGUUACUUCGGUAAGGUUGGUAUGAGGUACUUCCACAAGACCAACCAGCAGUUCUGGAAGCCUGUGAUCAACCUCGACAAGCUGUGGUCCCUUGUUCCCGCUGAGCAGCGUGACGCCUACGUGAGCGGCCAGAAGACCGACACUGCUCCCGUCAUCGACCUUCUUCCUCUUGGUUACUCUAAGGUUCUCGGCAAAGGCCGUAUCCCCGAGAUCCCCAUCGUCGUCCGUGCCAGGUACUUCAGCCGGGAUGCUGAGCGGAAGAUCAAGGAGGCUGGUGGUGUUGUUGAGUUGGUUGCUUAA